AUGAAUUCCUAUCAGCUUUCGCAGUCGCCCUCUCCCGUGGACCCCCAGACCAGUCUUUUGCAUCCCAUCAAUUUUUCUCAAUCCCAGGAAUCCUUCCUCCAUUCGGAAUCCAAUCCAUAUCCGGCAGAAGAUCCUUCAAUUGAUUCUGGUCCAGCUCAUAAACAACUCGAUAAAUACUCCAAUUCCACUAGUCCCCAAUCUUCACUACUCGAUCAGCGACGCAUGUCCGAGCCUGCUGCUCUCGGGGCCCCUCCCCUCUACUCUACCGCAGCUAAUGACUCUUCACCUAGCAGAUACCAAAAUUUUGGUUUUGCUUAUACUCCUCCUCCUCUUCAUCCUGGUCGUUCCUCCUCUUCUGUCUAUGUCUCCCCGCUCCAUCGUGGCGUUAGUACUGGAUCCCUUCGCGACUUGCGCCACCAUCACUUUGAAUACCCUCCUCAGCAGCACCAGGAAUGGAAGCACGAUGACUCCCGUCACCGUGAACAGCCAGGCGAUUUUUUUGUCCAUCGGACCGACUUGCUCGACGAGCCAGUCUCCCCCUUGCAGUCUACCUUCUCUCAUAACAUGGGUGGCUCCCCGACAUCUGGUGUCCCUUACUCACCCAUCAGCGACAACCCUUACGGCCCUUCCCCUCCGGGUACUGGCACUUCUACCUCUUCUUCGGUCGCUCCACUCAGUGCCGGAAUACCCUGCAGUCCGUCGCGGUCAAUAUCUCAGCACUUGCAGAGAAGUCUCAGUGCCUCCCAGCUCUCUGGCGAUGUUAUCGACCGUAAGACUUAUUCCUUUGUUGCUCUACCUGGGAACGCAGUCAAGAAGCGUCCAAGGCGACGGUAUGACGAAAUCGAGCGCCUCUACAUGUGCUCGUGGCCCGACUGCAACAAAUCAUAUGGUACUCUCAACCAUUUAAACGCUCAUGUCACCAUGCAGAAGCAUGGUCAGAAACGCAGCCCUAACGAGUUCAAAGAGCUUCGGAAGCAGUGGCGCAAAGCCAAAAAAGAGCAGGAAGCCGCAGCUGCGUCCUUGCACCGGGAGAGCUAUAGUGACAGCUACGACGAUCAUGCCUAUAACCACCGUUAUUUGUCCUCGCACCCGAUGCAUCAUCGUCCACAUUCAUCCCACAAUGUCUUGGGAUUGGCGUCAUCGGUGACUAUAGGCGGUAAUAACGAGCGCUACCCCGCCAUGGGUGUCGACGACAUUCGAUUUUCUGCUUUAGAGCGCGAGGACGAUGCAUUGGGCGCCUAUGAUCAUCUAGCCACACGACAGAGGUACAAUAACGUGCAGCCCUCGUCGUGGCACGGCGGAUCAAACCUGACCCCGAGGUCAAGUAUGCAAAAUUUUGGUCCAGGACAACAUCCUCACCAUUCCCAUCUUCCACAACUCAGUAUUGGCAACCGGAUAUCCCAACAAGCUCAAGAGGCCGAGUACAUCAACGCCCAACAUAACCGCCUGCCUCAUAAUAGUACUCUCCUCACCCCUCUAUAUCCUGGUUCGUCGUUGAUGCCCCCUCUGCAAAAUGGGAGCGGAAGCGUGGCCUAUACAGCCGAAGGCUUCGAAAUUUACGAAGACGACAAUGGGAGGCCCGGUACGGGACACGCUAGUAUAGCUAGCAUGGGGCAUGCCAGCGGCGACGACUUUGAUCAUUCCCAAUGA